UGUUGGCUAAAUUUUAGUCAUGGGUGUCUUUAACUUCCCUUCUUCUGCAUACCCUGUUAUUACUAUAACUUGUAAAUUUCAUCAAGCUUAAGGAAAACAGUGUGGAAUUAUGUUGGCAGGAAUUUGGAAACUUUAUUGCCACAAGUUUCUGCUUUGUAGGAUGGAGUUGUACCUCUAGUUAGCCAGAUCACUGAGAGUAUGUAUAUAUUUUUAACAUGGAAUCAUGUUAAGUGUGCUAAGACUGCUGGACUUGGGUCCAACUAAGGUUGAUUUAGCAUGUGUAUGACUCAGGAAUAUUAUAAACUUUGAUUUUAUGGUUUUCUGUCCUCACAUUAUAUCUCCAUCUGCUUUAGUGACCCUGUAACACAACAGAUUCCUAUUUCAUUUGAAAAAUUUCUUAACAAUGAAAAAGAAUUACUUCUGAACUUUGAAGGCCAUUCUGGUUUAGUACUGUGAUGGCUUCCCUGGGACCUUUAAAGGUUUUUUCCCCAUCAACUGCAUAAUCUGCUUGAGAUCCAACUCAUUUCUUCCACAAAGGCAGGAUCUUUUAUCUCUUCGCUGGGAAGCUCUUCUUCCCAGCUGAACUUCAUAUUAAUCAAACUUGGUGUACUCUGCUUGGCACAAUGUUCAGUAAUCCCGGCAGCAAUUCACAGUGUUGCAGCCGUGCAGUGUAUCUGCACAGGGCAGAACACUGUCAUCUCAUCGUUAUUAGGGUGACAUUUCCCUUUUGGAAAAGUAUGUUCAUCACAUCAUCCUAAUAGCAGUGUAUCUUGUGGCUCAGCAAAUUCGGCUGUGGCAAAGAAGCCACAAAGAGUAAUUGGGAAGUCUUCAAGUUAAAAGUCCUGACACCACAGACAUAGUUCACUUGCUACAUAUUCUAAACAGGAAUAUUUGUGUUCCUCUGGAGAGGGUGUUCGAGUUCCAGGUCCCUGUUAGAUGGUGUCCAUGUUUCUAUGAAGUUGUAUACAAGUUUGCUGGUGAAAUUAGUGUAAAAGACCCUGAUAUGAUUUUUUUCUUUUCUAAGCACAAAGAGUUUCAGUUUGGUUUAGGUAAUCUGGUACUUUAUUCUAGUGAAGAAUAGUGUUUUCUUUUGAUAACAGUUUGUUCUGUCUCAGUAUAGCUUCAUACAAUUAAUUUAUGUUUGCUCCAUGGAUUCAUCAGUGCUGCAUCUAACAUUAGGGAUGUUGGAGCUUAGCUGCCUCCACAGGAAACUGUUUGCCUGAAGCCUUUGUAAAGAAAUGGGAAGAACUGCUUUGACAGGGUUUGAAGUUCUUAGUUUUGGAGAGCAAAUCCUGGGGAAGAAGAAUGAGACGUGGCCUCCGCCAGGUGAGCUGCCAGAAUUCAGGAAGGAACACUGGUCCAUUGUCUGGAGCAUGCUGGGCUGGUUGGAUACUGAUUUGUGCUGGUCUUGGAGAAGGGAGAAAUGGGCUGAGUGUCAUCCACGUUCAGGAAAGGGGGAGUGCUGACUCGGUAUGGGGCAUUUCAUGGCUGCCUGCUGGAGAAGCAGCAGCUUGUGUUCCUUCUUUCCCCUCCAACUCUGUGCCGCCAUCUGCCGUUGCCACUACGGUUUAUUGUGAUGGUGGGCAGGAAAGGGAAGAGGAAAGAAAUGAUACUGAGCAAGUAUGUCUGGCCUGGGGAGAAGAGGUAUGUAUUUUACCCUGAGAGGUGUUGGGGAGUGCAGGGAAAAAGCUUGAGAAUGGUACUGAACUAAAAUAUGUAGCAAAAGGGAAGAUCCUUUCCAUUUGAUCAGAGUAUCACCUUUUUUUUUUUUUUUUUUUUUUUUUUUUCCAGACUGGCAGAACCCCCAAAUUUUGCUGUUUUGUGCUGUUAGACCUGAAAUAUUUAUCAGCACUGAAUCCAUGCCUGGCUUUUUGUGCUAAAGCUAAGCUGCUAGGUUCCUAUAGUUCUCUUAUUCUUCCCCAGACAGUAAGACUAGUUUGAUUAAAAAAAAAAAAAAAAUUAUUCUAUCUUUAAAUUUGUUCUGGCUUAGCCCUCUUCUGAACACCUCCAAGUAUUAUCAUAAAAGCAUGUUUUAGCAACCAGAGCAAGUAGGGUAAAUCCAAUACUUUGGGUGUGUUUUACGUGGGACUUUUUUGCGUUCAACUAACACUGGGCGUUUUUAUUUUUCUUUUUCUUGAAGCCCCAUUCCACUUCUGGAGAAGAUAGCUUUUAUUUUAUUGUUCAUGUAGGAUGUGUAGAGAAUUUAAGAAAUGCACUUGGGAUUAUGGAGAGUUGAAUAAUACCUUCAGAAACUCCCAGAAUGGAUUUCCUGCUUUUAAAAUUCUGCUGUUUAGGUACUGUGUUAAAUAUGUAACACUUAGGCGAUUUCUCUCCUCCACUUUUAAGAACAGAUAUGCAGGUUAGUGGACAAACAUUUGGAAUUCACUGCAACUCUUUUCAAGAUGGUUCUUCUUUGCAAGACAUGAUGUCUGCUUUGAAAUUUCAGUGGUGUCUUUCUUAUUAAAGGAGAAUUCCUAGUAAGAGAUUCUAUUCUGUCUGCAAUAGUAAAACUUCUUAUUAGACACAGAGAAUCAGAUCUCCCUGUAUAGUCUGUUUAGGAUCAUUUAUGGUAAAGCACUGGCUUCUUUGGAAUAAAUAACAGUCUUUGCACAUGCAUUGGUGAAAACAAAUAAGGUAAGAAAACUCUUAUAAAUACUUCUCUAUAUACUGUAAGAUGAUAGAUGUAUACACAUAUAGGGGAUACAUGGUUUUGCAGGAUUAGAGCCUAAAAAAGAAAACAAGUUUUAUUGAAAACCUGAAAAUGAAGGGAAAAGUUUAUUCUAGCAAAAUAAAAUUCCAUUAUUCAGCGCAAACUUUUUUUUUUUUUUUUUUUUUUUUUGCAGAGGCAGCGGGAUUGUGACUUGCACUUACACAGUCAGCAACUGGAAAAAUGCCAGGUUCUAAAAGUAGCUUGGUGUCUUCAUAUAAGGAUGUUAAAAAUGAUACGUCAGACUUGAAUGAAGUUAAAAUUUUGGAUGAAAAAGGAUCUGUUGCAAAAAGAACAGUGACUCUGAUUGAGAAGGAUGGCUAUCCCGACUCCGUAUACAUGAAUGCAGCUAAGAUUUUUCAAGGCAUUCAUACUGAAAAGAGUAAGGAUAGAAUGCUGGUGCAGUACGGCAAUAACUCAGAAUCUCCCGUGCUGGCUUUUAAAGAUGAGCAUUCCAGGCGUGUAUCUUAUGAACUGGCUUUCAGUGCUCUAAAAUAUCAAGAUCUUCUUGAAGAAAUAUUGUUAGAUAGUGGUGUUUACCCAUGCCAGUCAAUACCAGAUGAGUUAACCAGCUUGCUUGUUGUGAUGCUUUAUGACCUACAAGACCGAAAGUUUGAAGCACGAAAGAUUUUUGACCAAGAGGAACCUGUAGAAGAAGUUCGGGAAAUAGGGCAUUAUUUAUACAGUUGUAAGACCAAAUUGGCAGCUGCACUGGCACGAUGUCGCAUUAAAUACGAUGCUCUUUCAAUUGAACACUUUGUACCAGAAACCAUAUGGAAGCAGGAACAAAGGGUUUCUGCUUUACCUUUCUGUGUUUGGAUAAACACAUUUAAAAUCAGCCUUGAAGAUGUUAUCAGCAAUUUGGAGAUGAAGGGACUCAAAAAGGUUGAAUCUGUGUCAGACUUUAACCAUUAUACAUAUGCCAUGGACCAACAUUGCCAUGAUGUAUUGGUUUUUCCUUCCUCUCUUAAAGAAGAAUUGCUUAAUUUAGAUCUUUUUGCAGAUUGCAAACUCCUACUGCAGGAUAAGUCUCGCAGCCUUGCUGUACACUCUGCACAGGCACUGUUGAAUCCAGGUGAUGACAUUAUAGUGGCUCACACAGGUUCCCAUCUGACCAUUGCCCAUAUGUCAGUGCUGACAAAUCAUGGCAUGUCCACAAUUUUUGUUUGUGGUGUGAAAUCUUCAGCAAAAGAAGAAGAACUGAGGAAUAUUUUCAGUCACAUGGGAUGUGAAAAUAUUCAGUUGUUACAUGAAGACUUUACUGAGCUUGAACCAACAGACCGAAGACUUCAAAAGGCGACAGUUAUUUUGCUGAUACCACAAUGCUCUGGACUGGGUGUUGGCAAUCCAAUGGAGUUUAUUUUAAGUGAACACAGAGAUGCAGGAUUGCUACAAGACCUUUUCCAGGGAUUUGUGUCUGAGGAUAAACUCAGUAUUCUUGCUGAAAGGCAGCUUAACGAGUUGAUUCAUGCUCUGAAAUUUAACAAAGUACAAGCUAUUGUUUACUGCACUUGUUCAGUUUACCCUCAAGAAAAUGAACUAGUAGUGAAAAAAGCACUGGAAUCUGGAGUGGAAGGAGAUAAAGUACAACCAUAUAGGCUUAUUCCUCCUGUUUUUUCUACUUGCUCCGAUUCAGAGACUUCCACUGAAAUUUUCUUCAAAAUGGAGCCAUCAGAAAUUUCCAGUGGUUGUUUUGUAGCCGUUCUAGAACGAGAGAAAGAUUCUUCUAAAAAAGUGCCUGCUAAAGACAUUUUGGCUUAUGCUGCAGAAAAAGGACUACUAGAUAGCAUUUCUGAAGGAAAACCAAAAGAAGAGAAAAAGCAGAAAGUAAAACGACGUAAACGUACUGACAGAAAGCCAAAGGCUGCAGAGCCCCUUCACCAUCAAACUGGAGCUCAUGUUAAGGCCGAAGUUCCUGUGUCUAAAGCAGUCAGUGACACACAACAAAAGCAUGUGUGCAGAACAAAAGCAGUCAGUAAAACACAACAAAAGCAUGUGCCCCAAACAAAAGCAGUCAGUGACAUACAAGAAAAGCAUGUGUGCAGAACAAAAGCAGUCAGUAAAGCACAACAAAAGCAUGUGCCCCGAAAAAAAACAGUCAGUGACAUACAACAGAAUGUGUUCAGAGCAAAAGCAGUCAGCAGUACAGCAUCGGUGCCUAAAGGAGUCCCUAACAUACCUGUGUCCAAAGCAGUCAGUAACACACGACAGAAGAACGUGCACCAAACAAACAGCCACGAUCAGCUGAAGAAAUCUGCCGACCCUGACUCACACACAGCUGUGCCCAAAGUGCCAAAGCGCACAUCUCAUCUGUCCCCUCCGGGCAAGGUGUCUGAGAGACAGACACCUGCUCGAAGGGCAAGACAUAAAGGGGUUGUAUUGAAGCCUGAGAAAAUCACUUCGCCUCCAGAGCGAUAACACCAUAGGGAAGUUUGUAAGGAAGCAAACUCAGGGUAUCAAAUCAACCAUCACUUUCAUAGCCAGACUGGAGCACAGGGUCGAAGUGGUUGAAUAUUUCCACCACCCCUGUCUAAAAUGGUCAAGGCAACUGUGCUUAGACAUCUUUGACCAUGGCUGUACAAACCUUCAAACUUGGCUCUUCCUUUAUACAGAAGGUAAAGAUUCCUGUAUAUUAAUCAAUACUCUUUGAUUACAGCAUAUCUUUAUGCAGGAUAAUCUUGCUGUGGAAAAGAGAGAUGUUAUGGGCUAUUAGUGUAGAAAUAUCCAGGUUAGAUAGUAAUUUUUAGUCCACUACAUUUUAAAGUGAAUGGAGCUUAGCUGCCUAAGGCUGAUCCACUGUUGUGAGGAGCGAGGUCAAAAAACUCUAAUCUCUUGCUAUAUACUUUAAAUUGACAAGUUAAAUUGUAUAUCUGAACCCGCCAUCAUGGCCUAGAUCUGUAAGAGUAAUCAAUUUCAAAUGGACAUUUUUUUAAAAAGUGAGACUGCGUUUUUUAAGUGGCUACUUUUCUUUACAAGUGCUAGAUACCAUUUUUGCAAGUUUCCACUUUGAUGCAUGGAAAAUAAGCUUUGCACAGUAAGCCUGCUACUUCACCUUUGUUUCUAAAACUAGAUGUGAACUUUUGUACAGGAAACUGGCCAAGUAUACUAAAGCCCAUGUACAGGCUUUCUAGUACUUACUCCCUUGGUUUCUACUCAGGUGUACUUCGAAAUAUUAACAAUGAAAAAUAGAUAAAAUAUUCUCAUGUUAAAAAUGCUGCAUUAUCAUCAUAAUGUCACGUCAGACUAUGUCAUGGCUCAUAAUUGCUUCUGACCAAUUUCUUAACACAAGCAGUUCUUAGUUAAAGAGAGCUGCUACUGUCAAAACAACUUAUUUUUAUAAAUGUUACUGCUAGUCAGCUGAAUAAUGACUGAACACAGAGUAGUUUGCCUGUCUUUGGAAAUAGUCACAGGCUUCUAAGCUGCUCCCUCUUCCCAGCAAAGAUAAUAACUGGAAAAUAUCUACAGUUGUUUUAUAAUCUGAGCAGAGCAUAAAGGGAGACACAAAGAUACUUUUAACAAUAAUCUGAUUUGUAUUUAGAAGUGUUCUAAGAAUUAAAUAGACAGCAUAGCAAUAUAGGAAGGCAAAGGCAGCUGUAGCCCAGGAGAGAAAUUUUCCUCUAGGCAACCACUUAAGAUACUUGGCAAGAGUGUUGCCAUGAGCAGCAACAAAAUGUAGUAUGGAAUCUUAAUUGAUUUGACAUGUGGGUCUGGAUUUAGAUGGAUCCAGAGAAAAUGUUUUAACAUCUCUAUUUUUUCUCCACCCACACCAGUCAGAGCCGCUGGAUCAGCAGUACCUUUAUAAGAAAGGAUGCAAAAGAUACUACACCAGCAGCAAAACCAACUGGCUUGUGUCCAUUGGAUAUUGUUGCUUCAUUGAAUCACUGAAAAUUUCUUGUAGCAUUUUAAUCUGAGCCAGCUUUCCUAAGCAAAGACAUCUCACACCUCCUGCGUAUCCCUGUGAGCAAUCCAUGGUCCUUACCCAUUCCAUUUACAUGGUGAAUUUUGCUCUUGUUUUUGAGAAAACCUGUAAGGAUAGAUUUAGACCUGUGCACAUGCAAUGUUGUAGAACUGGAAAAAAAGAAAUUCUUAUGUCAAAACCAUCUAGGAGGAGGAGAGAUUCUACAUGUUGGAUAGUAGGAAUGGACACUAAGAAGAUUUUUUUUUUCUUCCAGUAUGGUUGUUAAAUGCUUAAAAUAAACUUAGACAUUCUGUGGUUAGAAAUGAUUUUUUUUUUUAAAUUUUUUAUCAUUCAUUAUUAAAGUUAAAAUUACUUGUAAAAGAACAUACAUGUAUGUGUCUGAUGACAGAAUUUCUGGGCCUCUUAUGUAAUAUAUGUCAUGAUGUCCCACAAUCAGCCUCACCUUGCUUUCAGGAAUUUGCAUUUUUUAAAUGGUAUAGAAAUUAAACCAGUUAGAAUCUUGAUGUCUCAGAGAGUGAAUAUUUUGACUCUGCAGGUCAGCAGCUUUGUAAGCACUGAGUUCACUUGGUGGAAACAUCUGGGACUGGGUCCAGGUGGCUCGUAGAUGCUUGUACAUUAAGUUAGCACUCAGUGACUUUUUACAGUAAAACUGUAUCUUAUGUAACUGUU